AUCAACAACACCUGGAGGGAGGUCUUCUGUGACAUGACGACAGAUGAGGGAGGGUGGACGGUCAUUCAAAAACGAGAAGAUGAAGAAGAGUUUUACAGGACAUGGAAUGCGUACAAACACGGAUUUGGGAAUGCCUCUAAAAGCUACUGGUUAGGAAAUGACGCAAUCUAUGAGUUGACAAAGAAAAAGGACCAGGAACUCCGGGUUGAGCUAGAACAAUUUAAUGGCGCUGAAGCACAUGCCCUGUACUCCUCUUUCUCUGUCGGCAACGAAAGCACUAAAUAUACAUUGACUCUGUCCGGAUAUUCAGGCACCGCAGGUAACGGCUUGGGUUAUCACAAUUUGAUGAAAUUUACCACUAAAGAUCAGGACAAUGACAAAAAGAGUACCAGUAACUGUGCUGUAGAAUUUCACGGAGCCUGAUGGUACAAUGCCUGCACAAACUCAAACCUGAACGGAGAAUACGCCCAGUCUGCUGCGUAUGGCGGAAGAUAUCUGUAUUGGCAUACCUGGACCAGUGGAUAUGUAGCUCUUAAAAGGGCG